AUGGAGAGCUGUGAAGGAGUGGAUGAUCCAACCUCUGGAUGGUUGCAAGUGAAAAAGAAGCAUAGAAAUAGUUCAAAAUUUUCCUUUCAUGGUUGGGUUGGAGGAUUCUCUGGAAAACAGAGUCCUAAUAUUCAGCACUGUCAGCCUUCGUUGAAUGUUAGAAGUGGAAAUUCACAUGUUAAGUGUGGUAGACAGCCUCCAAAAGCAAGUGGAGAUUUUGUUGUACAGAGCCUGGGUAGAGUUUCGAAUUCUAGUUCUGUUUCAACUGAAGAUCGGAUGGACGUGCAGUACCUUGAUAAAUGUGUAGUCAGUCAAGAUGAUGAAUGCCCCAGUUCACCUCUUUCAGUAGCUGUAAAUGUUAAAGAUGCUGAUUCUAGAACAGGAGAUCAUGAAGAAUAUCCACAGAUAAAAAAUCCUGAUGUUCUGUCGAAAAUCAAGUUGGGUGAUUUGGAUGGUGGAGCCCUGGUAUUGCAUGGUGGAAGCACUGUUGGAGCGAAAAUCAAGUUUGGUGGAUUUGAAGUUGAUAAUUUGUUCUGUGGGAAGGCUGAUAAUUCUGGUACUUCAAUUUCGUGCAUGUCUUCUUGUAUAGAGCCCCAAGAGUUGCAGGCAACAUCUGCAGAGGCAGAUCUUGUUCCUCAGCGGGCACAUAAUGAAUCUUUCGAAGAGAACUGUAAAGAGGUCACUGCAGUAUCUUCAGAAGAUGUUGAAGUACAAAUUACAAAUGAGAAUAUAGUUGAUCCAAGUGGUAAUACUUCAAGUUGCGGGAAAACCCAUCCUGAACCUCUUGAAGCAGUCAAUGAUGACGCCUGGGGUGCCAGUAGUCAGUCUGGUGAAAAUAUUAUAUACACUGCCAUUGAAGAGGCUGGGAUGGUGGAACUUCCAGCACCUGCUGUUAUAUCCAAAGCAGGUGAUGUAGUAAUUUCUGAAUUACCAUCUAUGAAUGGGGGGUCAAGCACAGGAGUGAUUUCCCAAGAUUCUGAGGUACUACCGCCUGAAAAGAGUAGGACCGAAACUUUAGGAGAAUCUACUAUGACAUCCUCUGUUGAAUACUGUGAGGAUCAAAAGACUCAUACAAUCAUUGAUACUAUUUCAAAAGCCCAAAUUAUGAGUGCUAUAGGUGCAGAUGACAUGGGUGAAAGUAAAGAAAGAUUCAGGCAGCGGCUAUGGUGCUUUCUCUUUGAGAAUCUUAAUAGGGCCAUAGAUGAACUUUAUCUUCUUUGUGAACUAGAAUGUGAUCUGGAGCAGACAAAAGAGGCCAUUCUUGUUCUUGAAGAAGCUGCAUCAGAUUUUAAGGAAUUAAACUCUAGGGUAGAGGAAUUCGAGAAAGUGAAAAGAUCCUCUUCUCAAUUAAUUGAUGGGCCACCAACGACCCUGAAGUCUGAACACCGCAGGCCACAUGCACUCUCAUGGGAGGUUCGGCGAAUGACAACUUCACCUCACAGGGCGGAGAUAUUGUCUUCAUCUCUUGAGGCUUUUAGGAAAAUUCAACAAGAGCGAGCUAGUGUACAUGCAGUUAAAGAUACUGUAAAACCAGAGUCUGCUUGCCCUAAUGGACUUUGCAGAGUAACUGAAAUUUUUUCACAAGAUAGCAAUAAAAGUGAUAAAUUACACAAUGCAAAAGAAUCAAAGCCAAGGAAAUAUGGUGGGAUCUCAUAUCUCACUCAAGGAAACUUGGGUAGGGAGAAGAGAAAUGUUGACUCUGGCAGGUCAAGCAAAGUAAACUUGGUGCAAAAUACUCGUCUCCUACAGCAGGGCCAAUCUGCUUCUGACUCCAUUGCAUCUGGGCUAGCUCUUAAAGAUCAUUCAGCUGCUUCCAUUGUGGUAAAGAGCAAGAUGGAGCUGCUUGGAUCUACUUCUGACAUGGAGAAGCUGCUUCCUAGGAAAGAUAAACCGUUGACUGAAAGUGUAGUUGAGAAAAAUCAUUCUUCUGUGCGUCACCAUAGAAAGCAGAUUCCUUCUUGUGAAAGGGAUAAGGAAAAACGAAAUGGAACCUCAUGGAAAUCUAUGGAUGCUUGGAAGGAGAAGAGGAACUGGGAGGACAUACUUGCAUCUCCAUUCCGUGUUUCUUCUCGCUUCUCACAUUCGCCAGGCAUGAGCAGGAAAAGUGUUGAGCGGGCACGCAUGUUGCGUGAUAAACUUAUGUCUCCUGAGAAGAAGAAAAAGACUGCGCUUGAUCUAAGAAAGGAAGCGGAAGAAAAGCAUGCAAGGGCCAUGAGGAUUAGAAGUGAGCUAGAGAAUGAGAGAGUUCAAAAGCUUCAGCGUACCUCAGAGAAACUGAACCGUGUCAAUGAGUGGCAGGCUGUUCGCAGCAUGAAGUUACGAGAGGUAAUGAAGGCUCGCCACCAGCGUAGUGAGUCUCGGCAUGAAGCUUUUCUAGCUCAGGUUGUGAAAAGAGCUGGGGAUGAAAGUAGCAAAGUUAAUGAGGUUCGUUUCAUUACUUCACUAAAUGAUGAGAACAAAAAGCUUAUAUUGCGUCAGAAACUUCAUAAUUCAGAGCUGAGGAGAGCCGAGAAACAUCUAGUAAUGAAAACUAAACAGAAAGAAGAUAUUGCAAGAGAAGGAGCUGUUUUGGAACGCAGGAGGCUCAUUGAAUCUGAAAAGUUGCAGCGUCUUGCAGAGACACAGCGAAAAAAAGAAGAGGCUCAAGUAAGACGAGAAGAGGAACGCAAAGCAUCAAGUGCAGCACGAGAGGCAAAGGCUAUGGAACAGAUGCGAAGAAAGGAGAGUCGUGCCAAAGCUUUACAAGAGGAAGCUGAACUUCUGGCCCAGAAAUUAGCUGAAAGACUCAGUGAAAGUGAACAGCGUCGUAAGUUUUACUUGGAGCAAAUUCGUGAGAGAGCUUCAAUGGAUUUCAGGGAUCAAUCGUCACCUUUACUGCGGCGUUCUUUGAAUAGGGAUGGUCAGGGUAGAACAACACCUACCAAUAAUGGUCAAGAUUAUCAGGCUAGCUACACCUCAGGUUCAGAAGGCUCCACUUUCCCAACUGGUGAUAUGGUGUCGCAGCACUCAUUAAAGCGAAGGAUUAAAAAACUUCGUCAAAGGCUAAUGGCUCUGAAAUAUGAAUUUCCUGAACCACCGGUAGGAACUGAAAAUGGUGGUAUUGGAUAUAGAACAGCGGUGGGAACCGCUAGGGUGAAAAUUGGGAAGUGGCUUCAAGAACUUCAAAGACUUCGGCAAGCAAGAAAGGAAGGAGCUGCAAGCAUUGGAUUAAUUACUGCUGAAAUGAUUAAGUUCUUGGAGGGUAAGGAACCUGAGCUACAAACUUCUCGACAAGCCGGUCUGCUUGAUUUUGUAGCUUCUGCUCUGCCAGCUUCUCACACAUCAAAGCCUGAAGCCUGCCAAGUGACUCUGUAUCUUUUGAGACUUUUGAGAGUGUUGUUGUCAGUGCCUGCCAACAGGGGUUAUUUUCUUGCACAAAAUCUGUUGCCCCCAAUCAUCCCCAUGUUGGCUGCAGCUCUUGAGAACUAUAUCAAAAUUGCGGCAUCAUCAAGUGUCCCUGGUUGCACGAACCUGCUUUCUAAUGAAACAUCAAUUGAGAAUAUGGAAUCCAUCUCUGAAGUAUUGGAGGGCUUUCUGUGGACUGUUGCAACAAUUAUUGGUCAUAUAAGCUCUGAUGAGCGCCAACUCCAAAUGCAGUAUGGUUUGCUGGAGCUUGUGAUUGCAUAUCAAGUUAUUCACCGGCUGCGAGAUCUUUUUGCACUUUAUGAUAGGCCACAGAUUUGGGAUGUCUACCUCCAUGCAACUCAAGUGGCGAUCAUAGAUUGUCCUUAUCUGUACCUUUACCCGAUGUACCAGAAGAUAGGCCACUAGAUGAAUCAUAUAAUCUAAAAGGAAUUGGCGACUCAGCAUCCAUUAACCAGGAGUCAUAUAAAGCUGAAUUUAUUAGCAUUAAGAAGAACACUUCAGAUAUUCAAGAUGAGCCUCCGAGUACUUUGACAGAUGAUGUUGCCAAGUGUUCUGUUUCCCAGAAGGAUGAGAAGAAUCCUGUCAAUAAUGGUGCAGAACUAAUGAAGGAAAAAAAGUCGGGCUCGAAGCAAUCAGUUGCAUUUCUUCUUUCUGCGAUAUCUGAGACUGGCUUAGUCUGUCUUCCUUCCCUGUUGACAGCUGUUCUUUUGCAGGCUAACAACCGAUUGAGUUCUGAACUGGUAAUUUUGAUGUCACUUGCUACUAUAAGGC